GUUUUGGGUCUCCAUCUCAGGUUCUCGGUUUCUUCUUGUUUCUUUUCGCCUUCGUCACGAGAGGAGAGGACUACUGAGAAAUUUGGCCGGGGAAUCACGUACAAGGUUACUGUUGUCUUCACAUAAUCGAAGCAAGAUGGAGACAGUCUCUGACUUCGACAGCCCACGUGGCAAGUCUCGUGGAAAGCAAUGUUUCCGUGAAACUGCUGAUGAUUUGGUAAAUCACUUUGAGAGCAAUCUUGAUGAGUUCUUGAAUAUCGAAGAACAGGCUGCAUCUGCUUUUGAAGACGACAGCAACGCGGUGGAGGAAUAUGGUGAGCUUAGUACAUAUCAGACUGAAAUUGGUCAGAAGGUUUUGGGCAAGAGUGCAACUUUCCCAGGUAAUGGUAAGAUGCUAUCUUCUAUCUCCUCUUCAAACGAAGAAGACGAUGAUCCUGAAGCAGCUUUACGGCAGUUGUUCUCAGAAGAACGGAUGCAACGUUCAACAUCACUGCCUCUUGUGUCUGCCAUGAAAGGAAGUCGGGAGAAACAGGGGCUACCACUCACGAAGCUCGCCGUGAAUUGGGCCGCUGAUGUGUAUGAUCCGCCCCCUACCUCUUUAUCACACUGUAUCAGUAGAGGCACAAAACAACGGAAGUGCAGGAAAGGCAAGAGUGAUGACGAAUAUAACAAGAAGAAGAAAAAUGGAAAGAAAGGGCAGAAAGGCAACUUCUCUCACGGUAAAGAGAAAAAGCAACAAGUGCGCAUGGUGGCUAGAAAUGACAAGUCCUAUAGAUCAUUGGAUUUGUGUCCUCCUGAUGAUUCUGAUGGUUUUGGUAUUGGUAGCCCCGACUAUUGCGGGAGCAGCUUCCUCAAGAAAUCAGUCUCCAAUAUGCAUUAUUCGGUAGCUGAGGCUUUAUGAGCUUAAGCCUGAUUUCAGGACAUUAUAUCUGGCUUUGUGGAUAAAUAAUUUUUGUGCCAUGUGAGAUUUGGUUAAAGUAAUUGAACUUUGGAUAGCUUGUCAAAUAUUUGUUGUUAAAAAGACCCCUUGAGUAGGAAAAUAUAUUGUUUUUCAGUAUGUAAUGAUUUUUCGAUGUUCUACAAUGUUUGGGACAAGCUGACAUAGUUUAUGGCAGUAUUUAGAUUGCUAGCACUUAGCAGACGA